AUGGCAGCCGCUGAGCAAGGACCACAGCCCCAGGACUGUGUGGCAUUUAAGGACGUGGCUAUCUACUUCUCAGAGGAAGAAUGGACACUUCUUGAUGACUCUCAGAGGUUCCUGUACCGCAGAGUAAUGAUGGAGAUCUUCGUUAUGGUGACCUCAUUGGGACUUGUACCUUCUGAGAUCUGUGACAUCACUCACCUGGAGUCUUCAGGAGAUCCCUUCACCCAUGCACUGAGAUUCCUGACUCCAGGUAUAUGGACAGGUACUUGGAGGGUGGAUGUUGCUUAUGUUUCUGCAGAACAAGGGAUUAACACAGCCAUGCUUGAACAGCAGAAGCUGACAUGUGGUGAUGAACCCCUACAAAGAGAACAUAUCAGGAUCCCAGCCAUGAAGACCAACAGAAGUGACCCAUCAGAAAUUUCACAAAGCACAAACGAUGUGAUGGACUUCCAGGACUCCUCAAAUCUUCUUGAGUCUCAGAUGACCCCCAGUGCCAGGCAGCCACACAGAAGCUCUGAGAAUGCAGAGUCCAUUCACACCAAGAAAAGAAACUACAAAUGCAGUGAGUGUGGCAAAGCCUUUAGUUACAAGUUCCAGCUUAUUCGACACCAGAAAAUACACACUGGAGAGAGGCCUUUUAAAUGCAGUGAGUGUGGCAAAGCCUUUAGUUACAAGUUCCAGCUUAUUCGACACCAGAAAAUACACACUGGAGAGAGGCCUUUUAAAUGUAGUCAGUGUGGGAAAUCCUUCCGCCAAAAUGCCCAUCUUGUUGGUCAUUAUCGAGUUCAUACUGGAGAAAAGCCCUUUGUGUGCAGCAAAUGUGGGGAGUCAUAUAGGAACAGAAUCAGCCUUGUAAGUCAUUAUCGACGUCAUACUGGUGAAAAGCCCUACAAGUGUGAUAAAUGUGGAAAGUCAUUCAAGGAAAAAUCCAACCUUUUUUACCACGGCCGAGUGCACAACGGCGAAAGGCCUUUCCAGUGCAGUGAAUGUGGAAAGUGUUUCAUCCAGAAUUGUCACCUUGUGAAACACCGGAGAGUUCAUAACACAUCUUUCAUGUGCAAUGAGUGUGGGAGUGCCUUUACUUCAGGUUACAGCCUCCUUAGACACAAGAGAGUUCACACGGCCACAAAGCAAUAUGAGUGCAAGGAGUGUGACAAAGUGUAUUGCUAUAGUUCUGGCCUCUAUAAACAUCGGAAGGUUCACAAGAGAUGA